AUAUGCUUAAAGAACAAAAUGGCGGCUGUGGCAAAGUUUUCGCCGCCCGUAUGAGAAAUUCGCAUUCAUCAAGAUUGAAUAGUUCACGGUAAACGUUAAUCGUCUAGCAACCCUGUCUGGGUUAUGUAGCUAAGACCGCGAGUGAAAAUUCGUUGGUGUCGUAGUACGUCGAGACAGCCCGAUGCAGGUCGCGCGCAAUUCUCGUAACUCAAAUCAUGACUUCGAUGCUAUCCAGCUUUAACCCGCCUAUCGUUAAACGAUUGUUGGGUUGGAAAAAAGCAGAAGGAGAAGACAAAUGGAGUGAAAAAGCUGUUAAAAGUCUGGUUAAAAAGUUAAAAAAAUCCACCGGCCUCGACGAACUCGAGAAGGCCAUUACUACGCAAAGUUGCAACACUAAGUGCAUUACUAUACCGAGGCCUAGCCCAGGCGGUGUCGGUGACAACGGUGUCCAAGGAGUACGCGGCAAAGGUUUGCCGCACGUGAUCUACUGCCGACUUUGGCGCUGGCCAGAUUUGCAGUCGCACCACGAACUAAGGGCAAUCGAGCAUUGCGAGUACGCGUUCACGCAAAAACGGGACGAAGUCUGCAUCAACCCGUAUCACUAUCAACGAAUACAAACACCAGUUUUGCCAGCCAUUCUCGUACCACGGCAUACCUUGGCCGGGGACGAGUCCGUCCUAUACAAUACUUCCAUCGAGGAGCUCAGUGUCAGCGUGCCAGAAAACACGAGCUUCCACGCGACGUUAAAUCAUCAGCAUCAUAAUCAACAAAGCAUACCGCAGUCACCGCAACAACAGCAGCAACAACAACAGCAACAACCACCGAACAAUCCGUAUCAAGGGAUGCAGAGUAUGCAGGCGACAAGUCCGGCUAGCGUUGGGAGCCUAGGAAGUGUUCAGGGUUCGCCACAUCCAGCGCCUGGGUCCAUGGAUCCUCCUGCCGAUACUCCACCUCCGGGAUAUAUAAGCGAAGAUGGUGAUAACAUGGAUCACAACGACAACAUGUCCUUAUCGCGUUUGUCUCCCAGUCCUGUCGACGCACAACCAGUUAUGUAUUGCGAACCAGCAUUUUGGUGUUCGAUAAGUUAUUACGAGCUGAAUACGAGAGUAGGCGAGACCUUUCAUGCGUCGCAACCGAGCAUAACGGUGGAUGGAUUCACCGAUCCCAGUAACUCCGAACGUUUCUGUUUGGGUUUACUGUCGAACGUUAAUCGUAACACCGUGGUUGAACAGACGAGACGACAUAUCGGGAAAGGAGCUAGAUUAUACUACAUCGGUGGUGAGGUGUUUGCCGAAUGUUUAUCGGAUUCGAGCAUUUUUGUUCAGAGUCCUAAUUGUAAUCAACGUUAUGGUUGGCAUCCUGCCACCGUUUGUAAAAUACCACCCGGUUGCAAUUUGAAGAUCUUCAAUAACCAAGAAUUUGCCGCAUUGUUAUCGCAAUCAGUUUCCCAAGGAUUCGAAGCAGUGUACCAGUUGACUCGUAUGUGCACGAUCAGAAUGAGUUUUGUAAAGGGUUGGGGAGCGGCGUAUCGUCGGCAAACCGUGACGUCGACUCCUUGUUGGAUAGAGUUGCAUUUAAACGGUCCGUUACAGUGGCUCGAUAGGGUACUCACACAGAUGGGAUCGCCGCGUUUACCCUGUUCCUCAAUGUCAUAAGACCUGCCUUUUGUACGUCGUUAGAUCAAGAAAUACGGCAGUGACGAAGACGAUUCGUGAACUUACUGAUUACAAAUUUUUAUCGAAUCGAUACCAUGUUCCAAUGAUUGUGUUACAUUACCAAUUCUAGAAGAAUAUCGAAGGGAGGACGAGCUUGGGCAGUAGCUAUGGAAAAGAUAGUCAAAAAAACGUGAUUUUAAGCGAUAUAAUUUUAUUGAUUCUUAGGUAGUAUUAUUAAUUGCACAACGUAAUAACACGAAUACGUUGAUCUUUUACAAGGAUAUUUCCUACUUCUAAUCAACAUGCAUAUCUGAUGUUUCAUCCACGAGGAAAAUUUAACGUCGUCGUACGUUCUUCGAAAUCAUAAA